GCAGCAGGGCUGGGGGACGCCUGCAAAAUGGUCAGCUCCGCUGGGGAGACUGCAGUGGUCGCGCUGGGUAUUUUACUAGCUGUGUGCCAUGCCUUGGAGAACACAACAUCUGCCUUGAGUGGUCCCCCAGUGGCUGCCGCAGUCCGAUCCCAUUUUAACGACUGUCCCGACUCCCACAGUCAGUUCUGCUUCCACGGAACCUGCAGGUUUCUGGUGCAAGAGGAGAAGCCAGCAUGUGUCUGCCAUUCUGGGUUCGUCGGGACGCGAUGUGAACAUGCAGACCUCCUUGCAGUGGUAGCUGCCAAUCAGAAGAAACAAACCAUCACUGCCUUAGUGGUGGUUUCAGUGGUAGCGUCCGUCGUCCUUAUUGUGGCUUGUGUACUAAUACACUGCUGUCAGAUAAGAAAACAUUGUGAGUGGUGCCGAGCCUUCAUCUGCAGACACGAGAAGCCCAGUGGGCUCCUGAAGGGGGGAACUUCCUGUUGCCAUUCAGAGACAGUGGUCUGAAGGAGAAUUGGAUCUGACCAAUAUAUUAAUUGCCAUGGCCAGAUGGGACUACUGCAGUAUAAUAAAGGAGGCCUCCCCCGUUCCAGAGAAGAACAUUUUUCCACGGAAGAAAAUGCUCUGGAGGGGACUAGUAUCAAGCAUACGCUACAUUACCUUGACUCUUCAUAUGCAUCCUGUAUUAUAUGCUGAGCUUUCAGAACCUUGCCAAAUCGAGGGCACCAUCUCCAUGGGGCUAUCCAAUGUGAAGCCAUGAACUAAUGAGUAGACCACAUCUCCACAACCAUGGAAUCUUAAAGACUGUUUUACGAGACUUCAGACUCGAACACAAGAACUGCACGUGGGUCAGCUUCAUGUUUAUGUAGAUGUGACAAUUUGUGUGUUGGGGAGUAGGUUUGACACCAGUGAUUGGGGGAAAAAGUAUGUACAGUUCAGGUUGGAGAUAGCUUAUGAGAACAGUCUGUCAGUAUCUGUCCUGUUUUGAGACUUUACGGAACGUACCUGAAGGCUGGGUCUUUGGUUCAUGCAUUUGUUACAUACUCAUUGGGAGGAGCAGUUGCAGGUCUCUGUUUUCAAAAGGGAGAACCCAACCUUUCGAAGGAACAUCCUAUUUGCCUGACUGCGAUUUUUCCUUUGUGCUGCUGCUGCCAUUGGGACAUUCGCCCUGCCAGAUGAAAUCUGGGGGGGAAUACAGGACGAGGUGAACUGGCCAGGGUUAUCCUGUCCCUUUCUGAUGAUAUUCAAUUCCUCUUCAUCAGGAGACAAGUUGCAAGAGAAAAAUAGCAACG